AUGAAGCAGCUGCGGCGUGGGCCUUCGCCGCCGUCGUCGCCGUCGCCGCUUCAGCACGUGGUGGAGGUGCCGGAGGAGAUGCUGAAGGACAGGACCGCGCGGGAGCGGCGGGCCAUCACGCGCGGGUACCUCGCCCAGUGGCGGCUCGAGGAGAAGGAACGGCCCGUCAUUGAGCAGGUGGUGCGGCAGAAGAUGGCGGAGGGCGCCGCCCAGCCGCCGCACAUGCGCGCGCCCGCCCCCCCACGGCGCCCGCCGCCGCCGCAAGUGCGCGACGCCACGGCGGCCCCGCUGCAGGUGCGGCUGCCGAAGGUGCUCGUCCGCUCGCUGCCUUCGCUGCGGGCGGCGAGGUCCCCGCCGUCGCCGGAGUCGUGCCGCAGCGCCACGCCGCCGCCGCCGUCGCCGCCCGUGUCGCCCACCGGCACAACAACAACAACCGCCACGGUGGGCGCGACGACGAUGACGCCGGGCCCUGCCCACACCCGCGCGUACUUCCAGCUUGAGGACUUCGACAACGCGGACUUCGAGACCCGCAGCCCGCAGGAGUGGGUGCAGCUCGGCAAGAAGGACGGCGGCACCCCGGCCCGCUCGCGCUACUUUGACAAGCGGAGCAACGAGGUGCAGUGGCUCCCGUGCCGUGUCGUCGCCUACGACGAGGAGCGCGGCUGCUACCAGAUUGUCUGGGAGGUGAACAGCUGCAGCAAGUGGACGAAGCGGCUCAACAUCAUCUUCGACGCGGAGGACGAGGCACUGUGGCACGAGCGCGUGCGGCAGGCGAUGGCGUACCGGGCCGAGACCGAGGCCGCGCUGCGGGGGCAGAUGUAUGUGCAGGCGAUGGACGGCAGCCACCUCGCCCCGAUGGACCCGGAGCAGAUGGACCGCAUCCUCGGCCUCGUGGCGAAGCGCUUCCCCCUGACCUCCCUGCACCUCGUGGAGCAGUGCACGCGCGAGGUGGAGGAGCUCUACUACUUCAGCCUGAAACGGGCGCAGCACUGGCGCGAGAUGGCGGACCCUGCGGAGCAGCGGCGGGCGGAGUUGUUGGGGCUGCCGCCGCCGCCGCCGUCACUGUUAGCGUCCCUCACGUUUCCGUUGUCUGCGGGCGUUGGUGAGCCGCGGGCGGGUCUGCUGCGCGGCACAAUAGACACACCCUCGCCAAACUUCCGCGUGUCACGGGAGUUUAUUGCGGAGAACUUGUUCCAAACGCACGCGCUGCUGCAUGACACGGUGUACUCCAUUCACACCCAGUGGAACGAGUACAAGGGGGAGCUGCUGUGCAUCACGCACUGGGACCGUCGCGAGACCCCGCUGGAGCUGCGGAACUUUGAGGAGCUGCAGGCGCACCGGGGCUUCAGCAUUUCGGAGAAGCUGCGCAGCGAGUGGAGCAUCAACAUCCGCUGCACCAUUCAAAACAACCUCGACCUGCACUUCAAAUUCUACGAGGACAACCUGGAGCGCUACACCGCCAGCCGCAUGUGCCGCUUUGUGGGCCUUGUGAACCGCAUGAUGACGUCGCAGCUGCGCGGGCUGCUGCUCACUUCGCUGCAGGAGUUCGCCGCCUUCAUCCAUCGCUACCGCGUCGAGCCACGCAUGGACGACGCCCCGAUGGACGAGCUGCAGGAGGACCUGGAGGAGGCGGAGCACUGGCGCCGCCGCCAGGAGGACUGGGACGCGAAACAGCGCGCGGCCGAGGCGGGGGCGGAGGCGGAGCGAACCCGCAACGCAGGCGGCGGCGCAGGCGGGGGCGGGCGCGGGCGGCAGCGCAAGAGCACCGCCCUGCCCCCCCGAGGAGGAAAAGGAGAAGGAGGUGCCGUUUGUCUGGCGCCUCGGAACGUUCCGCAACCACCUGCGCUACACGAAGCGCGUGGUGGAGAUGACGAUGCGACCGAAGGGUCUGCGGCCGCUCUUUGUGCUGAACCUCGUAGAGGACGCCGGCCGCGUGGCCUUCGCCCCCUCGCUGGAGGACGUUUCGCGGAAGGUGAAGGCCGUCUUCGAGGGCUGCUUCGAGCACGCAGACAAUGUGCACGGGAUGGGGGAUCAGCUCUUCCCGCUGCUGCCGCUGCAGCCGCUGACGCUGCAGCCGCUCGACGUCUCAGACCCGGCCGUCUGCGAGGCCCGCGCGAUGGUGGAGAAGGCGCUGAGCGACAACGUCGAGGCCCCGCUGCAGCUGCAGCAGAUGUACCAGACAUUUGGGUACGCCCUGCAGCUGGACGCGCAGGCGCUGGUGGCCGAGACGAACGCGCGGCAGUUGUCACUGCAGGACUUCGACUGGACCUUCGAGCGCCUCUCGCGUGA